GUGCGCAGACCCAGUGCGCAUGCGCAGACACCCAGCCCGGAAGCAGCUCUGGGCCGGGCAUGGCAGCAGCGGCUGAGGGAGUCCCCGCGACUAGACCGGAGGAGCCGGCCCGAGACGAUGCCGCCGUUGAAACAGCCGAGGAAGCAAAGGAGCCCGCCGAGGCUGACAUCAAUGAACUCUGCCGGGACAUGUUCUCCAAAAUGGCUACGUACCUGACUGGGGAGCUGACUGCCACCAGUGAAGACUAUAAGCUCCUGGAAAAUAUGAAUAAAUUAACCAGCUUGAAGUAUCUGGAAAUGAAAGAUAUUGCUAUAAACAUUAGUCGAAACUUAAAGGACUUAAACCAAAAGUAUGCUGGACUACAGCCUUACCUGGAUCAGAUCAAUGUAAUUGAGGAGCAGGUAGCAGCUCUUGAACAGGCAGCCUACAAGCUGGAUGCGUAUUCCAAAAAACUGGAAGCCAAGUAUAAGAAGCUGGAGAAGCGAUGAAAGACGUAUUCCUAUAUCACAAGGCCUUUUUUUUUUUUUUUUUUUUUAAUGUGGAAGAAUGUUUUAAAGCAACUGGAUCCUGAGGCUGGUGAAUUGUCAAAGUUCCUCAAAAGGAAAUCUUGCUGGUCAUCCCAGGAACAUCCCAACAUUGGAUAAACUAGAGGACUGUGGAUACUCUUGAACCUCCUUAAAGGGAAUAUCUGUCAGAAAUUCACACUUACAGCUCCUUACCCAUUACUUGAAUGCUUCAUCAUCCAUUCAAGACAGAUAUUUUCUCAAAGUUCAGUAUAAACCUGGGCUUACCAGUAGAAUCAAGUGAGAGGACCUGUUUUCUCUUGACAGUGGUGGAUUACUAUAUUAUUUUCUUAAAUGGCUGAUUUUUUAGUUACUGUGCAAAUGGUUGUUUUUUAAGUAACAAUGCUAAUGUUAUUAACAAGAUUAACAAUUAAAAAAGGAAAAC